UAAUAAGAUAGAAAGAGAAAACCCUAGCUGUCCUAGCUCCCUGCUGAUAACCUGAAGUUCCAUCUUCAUCUCCUUCCUGCGAAUCAUCAAACACAAUCAAAAUAAUAAUUCUCUAUAAAAUAAUAUAAAAGAUGAGACCAAUCUUGAUGAAAGGGCAUGAAAGGCCCUUAACAUUCCUAAAAUACAACAGGGAAGGAGAUCUCUUGUUUUCUUGUGCUAAAGAUCAUAAUCCCACCGUCUGGUUCGCCGAUAACGGCGAGCGUUUGGGCACAUACCGUGGCCACAACGGAGCCGUUUGGUGUUGCGAUGUAUCAAGAGAUUCGAUGCUGCUGAUUACUGCUAGUGCGGAUCAGUCGGUGAAGCUGUGGAAUGUUCAGACUGGAGCACAAUUGUUCACAUUUAAUUUCAAUUCACCGGCUCGGUCUGUCGAUUUUUCUGUUGGUGAUAAACUUGCUGUUAUUACUACCGAUCCUUUCAUGGGAGUCACUUCUGCCAUUAAUGUCAAAAGCAUCGCAGAAGAUCCUUCCCAGCAGAGUGGUGAAUCCGUGCUCACCAUCACCGGACCUACGGGAAGAAUUAACAGAGCUGUUUGGGGGUCCCUCAACAAGACUAUCAUAAGUGCUGGAGAGGAUUCUGUGGUCCGCAUAUGGGAUUCCGAGACUGGAAAAUUGUUGAAAGAGUCAGACCCAGAAGUUGGGCAUAAGAAGCCGAUAACAUCACUCACAAAAUCUGCUGAUGGUUCCCACUUCCUGACUGGUUCUCUAGAUAAAUCUGCCAAGCUCUGGGACACCAGAACUUUAACUCUUAUCAAGACCUAUGCAACAGAACGCCCGGUUAAUGCUGUUACAAUGUCUCCACUUCUUGAUCAUGUCGUGCUUGGAGGUGGGCAGGAUGCAUCAUCUGUCACCACAACUGAUCACCGUGCUGGGAAGUUCGAAGCCAAAUUCUACGACAAGGUUCUUCAAGAAGAAAUUGGUGGUGUGAAAGGUCAUUUUGGACCUAUAAAUGCUUUGGCGUUCAACCCUGAUGGGAAAAGUUUUUCAAGUGGAGGUGAGGAUGGUUAUGUCAGGCUGCACCACUUCGAUCCAGAUUAUUUCAACAUAAAGAUUUAGAUUGUAAGCACAUGUAUCAAUACCAGAAUCUAGCCAAUAUAGUUUACUUAGUUAAUGUUGGAGAGGUUCGAAAAGAAUUUUGGUGUGGUGUUGUGAGUUGGAGAGUGGUGCCACACGAGAUUCUAUUUUUGCACAUGCGCAUUUUCCUUCUGUUCUACAACGAAUUUGAGCAAGGAAUUUUUGUCGGGUUCAAUGUUCCUAUCAGUGCAUCUUUAUUUCUACAA